UUUGAAGUAGUAUAUACACAGGUGCGCUGCGCCAGCUUUUCUAAAUAAACGACAAGGUGCACUAUUGGAGCUAUCUAAACAUACAAGAAGUGAUCAAAGUUCAGAGACUAUGCCCAUCAUGAUAAACAACGGAAAACUGUCCUCUUCAGGGGCAAGGUGUGCAAGGAGACAUGUCCUCGGCAGUGUGCAAGCCUGACAGAUGAAAGAAAACUCCAGCUAUUCACAGAGUUUUAUGCUGUCUCUUAUGAGAGGCAGCAGGCCAUCAUUCUUUCUAGUUUGGAGCAGGCCUCAUAGCAUUCAUCCUGCAGUGAGAGAGGGAAUAAGAGAGCAUAUCCAGAGCUUCCCACGCCAACCGAACCACUACUCACGGAUGAAGGGAGAUGUGGAGAGGGAGUACCUGAGCCCUGAUUUAAACCUGCUCCGCAUGUAUCGCCUCUACAAGGAAAAUAAUCCAUCAUCUACUGCAAAGUUCUGGCUCUACAGGGACAUCUUCAAGCAGCAGAACCUCAGUUUUGGGCAGCCAAGAAGUGACACCUGUGCAAAAUGUGAUGCCCUGUUCUCAAAAUUAACAGCUGCAACAACAGAUGGAGAAAGGCUGAAGAUUGCAACUGAAAGUGAGCUUCAUCACCGUAAAGCUGAAAAAGCAUAUACCCAGUUGCAGGCUGACACAGAGUGGGCCAAAGCCAAUAAAGACUGCCAUGUCAUUUGUAUUGACAUGCAGGGGGUAGUGUACACACCAAACCUGACACAUUCCAACGUGUACUAUCAACGGCAGUUGGCCAACUACAACCUUUGUAUCCAGGAGAUGGGCACUGACAAUCCUCCUACAAUGUGCCUCUGGCAUGAGGGCAUCGCUCACAGAGGUUCCAUUGAGGUAGCAAGCUGUCUUUUGAAGUGGGUAGAAACAUCUUUUGCUCCCCUUGUCCAUGCAAAGGAACGGAAGCUCAUUAUCUAUAGUGACCGAUGCUGUGGGCAGAACAACAACUGGCGAGUCCUAAACCUAAUGGCCCUGCUCGUGUCCAGACGUUAUUUCAGUCAGAUAGAGCAGAAGUUCAUGGUAUCUGGUCACUCCUUCCUUCCCUGUGACCGUUCCUUUGCCACACUGGAGAAGAGGCGUAAGGUGUCCACACUCUACACCCCCAGCAAUGUCGCUGAGAUGAUCCAUGGAGCCAGGCAACAGCAUCCAUUCAAAGUCAUAGAGAUGGCAUGUGCAGACUUCAGGCAGCUCCCUGACUCAACACUAAAGCGUCCACCUGGCUUACUAAUCACAUCCAUGAUGUGGUUGAAAGUGACAGCCAGUCUCUAUGAGGGAUGGAAGACCUGGCUGAUCACCAAACAGAGGAAGAAUCAACCACCUCCAGCUCCCUUGUUCUCCAGCACAUAUGCUCGAGCUUACGAGGACCCUCUCCCUGUCAAGAAGGAGAAGUACCAUGACCUUAUGUCAAUGCUAGCCUACAUGCCAGUGGAGGCCCAAGCAUUUUAUGAGACACUAGAAUGUGAAGAGUAG